CCGCUUUGCUUUCAGAAGCUGGACCAAACCAUUCUGCAGGAUGUUGGGAUUCCUGAAGCAGCCUGUUGUGGUCACUGCAGAGAUCAAUGUGAAUCUGGUGGCUCUGACUGUGAUGGGAUUAGUAAACCGGCUCUGGGCACUCUCCUACCCACGGGCUGUGGUUUUUGAUGAAGUUUACUAUGGGCAGUUUGUGUCUCUGUACAUGAAGCGGAUCUUUUUUGUGGAUGACAGUGGCCCGCCAUUUGGCCACAUGCUGCUAGCUUUUGGAGGUUACUUAGGAGGCUUUGAUGGAAACUUCUUGUGGAACAGAAUUGGGGCUGAGUACAAUAUGAACGUGCCCAUUUGGUCCUUGCGACUGCUGCCAGCACUAACUGGUGCCCUGUGUGUGCCUUUAGCGUACCAGAUUUUGGUAGAGCUGCACUUCUCCCAUUGUGCUGCGUUUGGAGCUGCCCUCCUGAUUCUCUUCGAGAACUCUCUGAUCACUCAAUCCAGGCUGAUGCUCUUGGAAUCAGUACUAAUCUUUUUUAUCCUGCUGGCAAUUUUGUCCUACCUGAAGUUCUACAAUUUACAGAAGUGCAGCCCCUUCACUGCAGGCUGGUGGUUUUGGCUUUUAUUGACUGGAGUUGCUUGUUCCUGUGCAGUUGGGGUAAAAUACAUGGGGCUUUUCACCUACAUGCUGCUCUUGGCCAUCGCUGGAGUCCACUCCUGGCACUUGAUAGGAGACCAGACCUUGUCAAAUGUUUCUGUGUUGUGCCAUUUGCUGGCGAGGGGACUAGCUCUAGUAGUCGUCCCAGUAGCAAUGUACCUGUUUUUCUUCUACGUUCACUUGACUUUGCUCUACCGCUCAGGACCUCAUGACCAGAUUAUGACCAGUGCUUUCCAGGCCAGCUUGGAGGGCGGGCUAGCUCGGAUCACACACGGCCAGCCCCUUGAGGUAGCCUAUGGCUCCCAGAUUACCCUGCGGAAUGUUUUAGGCAAACCCAUGCCAUGCUGGCUCCAUUCUCACAAGAGCACUUAUCCCAUCAGGUAUGAGAAUGGCCGAGGCAGCUCCCACCAACAGCAGGUGACUUGUUACCCCUUCAAGGAUGUCAAUAACUGGUGGAUUGUUAAGGAUCCUGGGAUGCAGCAGCUGGUGGUGAGUAACCCACCACGUCCCGUCCGACAUGGGCAUAUUGUGCAACUGGUCCACGGCAUCACAACUCGUUACCUCAACACACAUGAUGUUGCUGCACCUCUGAGCCCACACUCCCAGGAAAUCUCCUGUUACAUUGAUUAUAACAUCUCCAUGCCAGCACAGAACCUCUGGAGAGUGGAAAUUGUAAAUCGGGAAUUGGACACAGACGUGUGGAAGACCAUUUUAUUUGAAGUAAGGUUUGUCCAUGUGAAUACCUCAGCAGUGCUGAAGCUCAGUGGUGCAUCUCUACCUGAGUGGGGCUACCGGCAGCUGGAGAUCAUUGGGGAGAAGUUGUCCAAAGGGUAUCACCAGAGCAUGCUGUGGAAUGUGGAGGAGCACAGAUACGGGAAAAGCCAAGAGCAGAAGGAGCGGGAAGUGGAGCUGCACUCACCCACACAGGCUGACAUCAGCAAAAACCUCAGUUUCAUGGCCAGAUUCACAGAACUGCAGUGGAAGAUACUAACAUUGAAAAAUGAAGACACAGAACAUAAGUACAGCUCUUCCCCCCUAGACUGGAUCACUAUGGAUACAAACAUCGCUUACUGGUUCCACCCUAUCUCUGGUGCUCAGAUCCACCUCAUUGGGAACGUUCUCACCUGGGCUUCAGCUAAUGUCGCAACUCUUGUAUACGUGUGUCUGUUCCUGUGGUAUUUGCUUCGACGACGGAGGAAGAUUUGUGACAUCCCUGAAGAUGCAUGGAGGCUCUGGGUAUCAGCUGGAGGACUCUGCGUGGGAGGCUGGGCUGUGAAUUACCUCCCCUUUUUCAUGAUGGAGAAGACACUUUUCCUGUACCACUACCUGCCUGCUCUCACUUUCCAAAUUCUCCUGAUUCCUGUUGUCCUGCAGCAUCUGACCGAUCAUCUCUGCAGAUCCCAACUCCCUAAGAACGCGUUCAGUGCCUUGAUGGUAGCCUGGUUCUCCUCCAUUUACCUGGUCUAUCGCACCUUCAGCCCACUGACAUAUGGGGAGCCUACCCUCUCAGCAGCUGAACUCAGGGCCCUGCGCUGGAAGGACAGCUGGGACAUCUUGAUCCGCAAACAUUAGUGGAGCCAGUCAAGAUAGAACUGAUCAUGCUUAUAAGUAACUCUGCUCUCAUUUCUUAAUAGGUGCUCAGGGUAAAAAGCCUUGUAAUUUACAUUGGUAAGAAAUGCAUCCCUAUGGGGCAGAUGAUGUAAUGGGAAGACUCAGUUUCUGUUCUGCUCUAUAGCCUGAGUUAGUCUCAUUGCAAAUCUACAGUAUUGUCUCAAACUACCCUUGAUAUUUAGUGUAGAACAGAUGCCUAGAGUGUUUACUGUAGUGCUUCCUCAUGGUCUAAUCACCAACCUGUUGUUCAAGGCUGCCACCUUUUGGAGAGAUGAGACUCAUACUUGACUAGAUGCAUUCAGAGGAGACCCUAGUGACACUUCACUGAAGCUUUAACUAACUUAACCUCAACACAGUAGAGCUCACUAGUGCCCAAGGCCAGAGGGCUGAGAGGAGAUUGAAAGCACUACACAGGGAUUUGUUUGUUCAUUCCUGCUCCCCUUGCUGUUUAGACACCCCUUUGGGGCUCUUCUUUGAAGCUCCUAGUGAGAAUGUUCCUUUGGGAGUGGGGGUGUGAAAAUACUUUUAUAUAAAAUGGUUACAUCUA